CACUGACAUUUCCUGUCAGUGGCUAAUCAGACAAAAGCAUAUAGAAUGGACAUGAAGAUAAAGCAAAAUAGCGAAGAAAAAUGACACACAAUCCUGUUGAAGGGAGAGUAAACUAAGGUGACCAGAAGAGAGAGAUUCAUCGAGUCCAGUGAUUGAUGUACAGUGAGCUCGUGUUAAAGUAGAACGCCACUCCAAAUGUGGACUUUGCUGAGGACUUCAACUUUGAGGUUACCAAUCUCUGUCAUUAUCAUGGUGUCUGGCUGGAAGCAUGAGGAGAUUUUUCUCCAAUAGUUACUGUGAAAACCUGAUUGAGUUCCUGGAGGUAAAAAUCACAAAAGUGUGAGGGACCCCUAUGACUGUGUCCCCCUUGGAGUUUUUAACUCUCAGAUGGGUCUACUCCAAGUCUCCAGCAAUUCAUCAAUUACAGUCCUGGUUUUCCUGCCCCAGCACUGGUUCCCUUAGAGGUUUCUGCUCUGCUUCAGUAAAUGGUUCCUCUACGGACAAGAGGCAGAGAAAAUUAGAACUUCCUGUAGAAGCCAACGCUUCUCUGUCCGUACCUGUGGAUACGAAGGUUGUGUUCGAUUGCCCUUCCAUCCUGUUGACCUCUAUGGUGGUAACAGCGUGGCAAAUAAUCCUCAGAGGCAAGCUGUCCUGCACCAGAGCGUACAGGAGAGAUAGAAAUGAGACCAAGGAAGGAAACCGUACCGACGAGAGAAUAACCUGGGCCUCCAGACCUGAUGAGAACCUCGCCCUUCAGAUUGAUCCAGUGGCCACCACUCAUGACGGGUUUUACAUGUGUCAAAUGGUAACACCUGAUGGGAAUUUCCAUCGUGGAUAUCACCUCCAAGUGUUAGUGCCCCCCGAGGUGACCCUGCUUCAAAGCAAGAAUGGAACCACGGUGUGCAGGGCAGCUGCAGGGAAGCCGGCUGCACAGAUCUCCUGGACCCCAGAGGGAGACUGUGUCACCGAGCAAGAACAUUGGGCCAAUGGCACAGUGACCGUCCAGAGUACAUGCCGCUGGGAGGACCACCCUUUGUCUGUGUCCUGCUCUGUCUCACAUGUGACCGGCAACAAGAGCCUGUCUUUAGAGCUGAGUCUCGGUCUCAUAAUCCGAGGAUUUCCAGCAUCGUCCUUACUGGUUAUUCUCUAUGUGAAAUUUGCUCUUUUCUUGGUUAUCCUGGUCAUUGUGGCAUUCAUCUACUUCCAGAGGAUUAAUGGUUGCAGAGCACGAAAAUAAAAAAAUCUGGAAGUCAAUUUAGACUUGAUGAGAUAUCAGAAAAAGCAGCCAGUUGAAAUCAGCCUUCAUGUUCAACACCUACUUCAAUGGCUCCUGUUACUCUUUGAUACCUUUGUGUUUAUAAGGAUUGAUGUGAUAGUUGGCAAUGCCCAUUUCAAACUCUUAGCAUACAUAUAUACACAUGCAAAAGCUUGCUGCCUGCCUUCACCAAAUGCCUGGGAUGACUCAUCACUUUCCCCUUUGCCCUAGUGAGUUCUUAUCUGCAAAAGAGUAACAGCCCUGCUUCUCAGCCUAAAGAGGAAGAUGGCUCAGCAAAAGGCAAAUAACAAUGCUGUGCAGUUUCCCCACAUUUCUCGUGUCCUUUGGAUGGUGCUUUCAUCCUAACUUCUUGUUUUCUCUGCCUACUUGAGAUGCUAAUCAAUGUUGCAAUGGCAAGAGCCACUACAAACACUGCCUUCAAGUCAGCUAGUUGCUGACCUUCCAUUGCCUUUCUUGCUCGCUAGCAAUUAGUGGGGCAGUUGUAUUGCAUUUCUGGAUUGGUCAUUGAAUGAAUGGCCAGCAAUAAUUUUCAGUAGUACCUGCAUUUUUGAAGAAAUUAUAAGUUGAUCCCCAAAUAAGGAGCUGUUAGAGUCAUUGGAGACGGUGCUGAAUGUCACCUCAUCUUUUAGAGCUCCAGUGUCUCAAUUCCCUUUCUCAGUUCUCUUUCUUGUCUGCACUCCAAGUUGGAAUGGAUUAACGGUGGUAAGAGUAAGAGUGCUUGGUGAAACCCUAACAUCCUCUAGGCCCACUGUAAACAGGAACCCUAUCUUCACUGGUACAUAUGGUAAUCCUAUAGUAAAACAUGUCCUUUUAUUAAAAGAAAAAAGUUUUUGUGUAAAGUGGCAGGUGAUUCGGGCUGUUACUUUUAUUUUUAGCAAAACUCUAAGGGAGAAAAUUAAUGCAUACUGUCUAGAGGAUACUAAAUAAGUAGAAUAGUCUAAUCAUUAAAACAAACAACCCCCAAAUCUCAGUGUAUUCAUACCACAAAAGUUUAAUUCUUGUGCACUUCACAUUCCAAUGCAGGUUGGUAGGGCUAGGGCAGGGGGCGGGAGUGGUUCUGCUCCAAGCAAGCAUUUUAUCUUAUGGCCCUGCCCUUCUCAGAGUAUUCUCCAUUCGGCUGGUGAAUGGGAAAGACAGAAAGAAAAUGAAGAAUUUUAUGUGGGAGGUUUUUAUGAACUAGGCCUGCAGUAGUAAUCACUUCUGCUCGCAUUCUAUUAACUGGUACUUGUUACAGGGCCGCACUAACUUCUGUGAAAGUUGGAAAAUGUAGUGCAGCCUUGGAAGAAGGAGAGUCAGGUUUUGGGUACAUAUAGCCAGUCUUCCCCUAGUAAAGGUGGAGGAAAAAUGCUAAGAUUAAUACUUACUCCAUUAGUAAUUGAACAUGAGUCAAGAAAUAAAUUAGCAAAUAAUGUCAUAUGUAACUUAUAUUAGCUCUUUUCUCUCUUUCUUUUUUAUUAUAAUCCCCUCAUGUUUAAAACAGGGCAUAGAGUGGAAAAAAAGUCUAGUACCACAAUUCUGUCACAGACUCAAAAAUACGGUGGCACAGAUUGCUAGCUGCCUGGUCCAGUGCUCAUCUUCCUCUUUCUCCUUGUGGUAGAUGAUUAUAUUCAUGACUCCAGAUCUUUGCCCCUCCUUCUCUCCAAGUAACUGGACAGUGACUUUAGAGUUCCUUCCAUAAAGAGAGUGUGUAUUUCUUGACCCCAUGUGAUUUGCUUUAUCCAGUCAAAUGAGGCAGAAGUGGCAGUCUACCAGUUUUGAGCCUAGAUCUCAAGAGGUCCUGCAUGUUUCUACUGCUACUCCAUGAGAGCACGCCUGGCUAGUCUGCUGGAGGAUGAGAAACACGGAGAGCAGAGCUGGGUCACCCCAGUCUCCUCCCCAACCCUGCUGUUGCGGCCAGACUAGACAACCCAAUAGUCAGCGAUCUCCUAGGCACGUGAGGAAGCUCGAUCAAGAUCAGAAGAGCUGUGUACCUAACCCUCAGAGGAUCUCAGACAUUUAAGCAAUCGUUGCCACAGAGGUUUUGUAAUUGUUACUUAGCAUUAUCGUGAAUUAGGUCUCUGACACAUUGCUCAAUAACAUAACUCCAAUUUUAUUUGGUAUGGGGACAUACUUAGCUAAAAGACAUUUCUCAGUUUCCCUUGCAGCUGAGUAUGACCACCCACAAAAGUUUUGCAAAUGAGGUGUAAACACAAUCUUAUGUGAUAUUUUUAGGAAAGCUCUUUAAAGAGAAAGGAGAGGUCCUCUUUUGCAUUUCCUCCUUAUCCCCUAGACUACAACGUUGUUGUGAUGAUUGGAAGUCCAGCUGCUGACCUGGGUCAUAGGUGACACUGAGGAUGGAAGCUACUCACUAAGAUGGUGGAAAAGAAAGAUGAAUGGAGCCUGUGUCCUGAUGACAAUGGAGUUGCCACACAAACUCUAGACUACUUACCUAUAAACUUCUUUUGUGUGAGAAAGAAUAAACUAUUUUGUUUAUGCCACCGUCA